UCUAUUGUAGACGGGGCUGGCGUGGCACCCUCUAAAAGGGCGAUUUCGUUUUCUAGCUCUUAGAGGCGACGGGCUGCUAAGAGAGCAUUUCUUUUUUCUUCAGCAGCCUGAAUGCGCUGCUCUAUCGUGAGUCCCCUCUUUCAGGCUCUAGGCUCCCGCGGUCAGAAGCCUGCUGCUGGGAUCGGGUCGAAGGAGCCAUCUCUAGCUAUUUGCCAAGAAGUGUUAUUAUGUAAGGCGUAGUUAUAGGCAAUAGUACUUGCUUCACACUACUAGUAAUAGUAAAAGAUAGCUCUUUUUAGAAGGUAUCCCCUUCUAAUAAUUCAGAAUAACACUUCCCCUUUCAGUGCCUUCGGUGCGCCUUUUGUGCGCUCUCGCUAAGCUGCCUACGCUAACUAGUAGCGCCUUAGCAAUAUCAAUCCCCUUCAACACCAACUCUUAUGCGGCGAU